CCACUCAAGCAUAAGUCAUCAUGCGACGGUUCUCCUGGCGAUCGUACGAGCACAGCACAUCAAGCACGUCAGAGUACUUUGCAAUAUUGGCAUCCUGAGGCCUCAGCUCCUGGAUUCGGUGAACGACAAAGUGCAAUCUAUCGUAGUCGUACGCAGAAAUGGCAUUCUCGAGGCAGUCGAUGUACGUGCGUUCAAGAAGCUUCGCAUUAAUUGAGUCAUCGACGAUGCCCAGGAUGCGCGCCUGGUAGCCAUCGAUGUGCGGGGCAGAGCAACACAGGGCAAUGUACUCGAGAAUGACGGAGAUGCGGUCGAGAUGGAAGGCGUCGGCAAAUUCAAGCGCAGCACUGAUGUCCAUGGCUGUGUUCAUCAGCAGAGGGCGCACCAAGGGGUCGAGCAGCCCGGGCUUAGGGUCAGCGAGAUGCGAAGGGUCGAAGCAAAUAUUCAGCAGACGCAGUUGCUCGCUCCACCGCGCAGCGGCAGCCACAACGAGGCAGCGGUCGAGAACGGCUGGCUCGUACCAGAUACGAUUGCAUAUGGCCCAAUGUUGGCCAUGGCAAUGACCCGCGACGAGUGCAGGCCCGUGCUUCCAAUGGCCACAGAAAGAUGCUGGUUGGCCUGUGGCGGCUUGAGCAUCAGCAUGCUGGCGACAAUAAACACUGUGUCCAGGCCGCGGCUCUGCUGCAGCGCGCGCACCAGGCUCUUUGCAAUGAGCGCGUGCGUCGUGGCCAGGUCGGCUGUGCCAAAGAGCUGUGGGAGCUCAGAGUCGGCCACGCCGCCGGCAGACAGGCGCACGCGCAGCUGGGCUAGGGCGUCGUCAGAAUCCAUUUCGCCAGAGGAGCUUGAGUCGGAGGAGGCCUUGGCGGUGAAGGAGGCGCGUGAGAGCUGCGAAAUGACCAGCUCCAGCACGUGCACAGCGAGUACCCAGUGGCGGUUGUGGACCAGGUGGGCGACCAGCUCGCCGCACCUGUGGAUGACAGCCGAGCGCAGGCUCUCGCCGUCAUCGCUGUUGUCGUGCCAUCAUUGUCAUUGUCAUUGUCAUUGCCAUUGCCAUUGUCAUUGUCGAUGUCGCUGUUGCUGUUGCCAUUGGCAGCAGCCAUUUUGGAUGACUUGCCGCUCUGUUGUUCCGAAUACGCCGGGGCAGCAAAGCCAUCGCCAGAACCUGCAAAUUGAUCAUCAUCACAAGCAUCGUUGGCGUCACCAUCAUCGUUGUCGGCAGGCAGACGGCGCACAACAGCAAUCAGGCGGUAGACCAGACGCAUCGCACACGCAGUGUCAAGAACCAGGCCACGCUCCACAUAACUGUUUGCAAACAGUGGGUUGAGCCAAGCCGACAGCGUGGUAAUGGUGGUGGUGGUGCUAUCA